UAACUCUUCAUUCAGCUACUAGACCUACAGAUCCAUGCUUCAGUUCAUAGAUCAGUUAAAGCUUUUAAGAUAUUAAAGCAAGGUUAUGGGAUCUGAAGAGGUAAACACUAUUAAACCCGCUCAAAGAGCUACUAGAAAAAUUCGUACAGCUAGUUUGGUUUCCAGCUUAACUAAAGGUUGGCAACGGUGGGCGUCCGAACAUUCAACCAAGCAAGAACAAGAACCUGCUGGUUGGACUCCAACCUCAGAUGAAAUUAUUGAAGAAAAGUUAAAACUAAAAUGGGAACCAAAAGCCAAGAUUGCUGUUGCGCCUGAAGGUAUUCGUGGUCUUCAAGACUGCAGUGACUCCCAAAUAAAAACUAAAGUUGUGACCAAAACUGUUUCAAGCAGUAUACAUGAAAAAGGAAGGGACAUUGGUUCAAUAACUGAGAAAUAUGAGAAAGAACAGAGUUCUCUAAAUAAUGAGUUGACAAUUGAUAAAAUAUUGCAUAGCAAUGUGUCUCCAACUAGGAGAAGAAAAUGUUCAAAUCUUGUAUCUCAGCUCACUAAAGGUUGGAAAGAGAUGGAGAAAGAUGGUGAAGAAUUGAUUUCCGUUUCAGGGCAUGCCCCAACGCUUACAGAGUGCCGCAGUGAUAGUCUGGAAACAGAGGACAGCGGAUAUGGAGACGGUGAGGGGGAUGCAAAGCCAAACUUGGACAAAGAGAAAGAAGAUGAUGGGUCAGAUAAUGAUGCUGCACGAAUUAAACGAUCAUCAUCAUCACUGAGUAAUAAAGCUGCUGCAAAUCUUAAUAACAUAAACAAAGCUUACAAGAGAUACAGUCCUGUAAACAAUAUAAAAGGCAAAUGGGAAAAGUGGUCGGAUCAACAUAUCCUGAGUCAAAAACUAAAUCCUUUUAGUGAUGAAUUUGACCAGGAAUUUGCAAUGUCAACUAGACUACAGAAAGGUGAUGAGGGUUAUGGCCACCCAAAAGAAGGAACAAAAACUGCUGAAAGAGCUAUGAGGGCCGAAGCACAUAUACAUCGUGAGAUGAGGGAUUUGUGUUUUAUCAUUGGAACCUUGGCUCAGCCUGGAAAAGAUGGAAAAGUGAGAGUUACAUUUGGGGAACUAUUUGAUAGAUAUGUGCGUAUAUCUGAUAAAGUAGUUGGAAUUUUAUUGCGGGCUAGAAAACAUGGCAUGGUGGACUUUCCUGGUGAAAUGCUGUGGCAAGGGAGAGAUGAUUAUGUCAUAAUAACAUUGUUGUAACAAACUUCUUGGAAUUGUUUUGUAGUAAAGUAUUUUUGUAUUAUUUAUUAUACAUUGAGCAAAAGGGAAAAGAAGCCAGCAGAGACAAAUGUUUUAAAAUUGUAUUACCUCUUUUUUAAUCUGUUAAUCAAAUAUUUGCUUCACAGAAUAUAUAGUUGACCAAAAAAUAAUACAAUGAAUGUGUAAGCAGCAGUCUCAAACAGACAUGUUAACACAAUAAAAUAAUGCUAUACUUCAGUAGAGCAUUUUAUUACACAAAUGUCUCUUUAAAAAUAUGUAUAAACCUGCAAUGCCUUUAAGCCAUGUAAAGAACAAAUAGUUAAACUUCAGUUCAGGAGCCGCAAUGCAGAACACACUUGAGCAACCAAUGAGGAAAGGUAUAAUCAUGUGGCCACCAAUCAUUGGCUUGCUCUUGCUCAAGCGCGUCAAUUCACCUUGGCUUCUAAAUAGUAAUAUAUCUGUGUGUUUAACAAUUUUGAUGAGCUUAAAAAUUGGGCAAUUGUGUAAUAAUACAAUUCUUUAUGAAUUAGAACGUUUUAAUAUUGCAUUAACAUGUCCCUUUAAUUGAACAGACACAUAGUUCUUGCUAAUAAAAACACAAAACGUGAACUAUAAACACCCUUUAAUCCCUUAAUUAAAAAAAAUAAUACUUAUACAGACAUACAUUGUUUUAUUGCACUUCAUAGAUAUUGCUCUUUUUACAAAUUGAAGGGUUGUGACAACCCUGUGUCAAGCAAGUCUUUUGGCGCAUUAAACAACAAAAGUCUAUCUGCGCCAUUUUUCAAACAUGUAAACCUAUAAAUACACAUGAAUACACCUACAUAUACACACCACCAAAAAAAAGAUUAUAACUCACUGAAGGCUCAGAUGAUGGUUAGCAUUUUUUUUUUAGCAAUAAAGUAUUUUUUUUUAAUUAAGGUUUGAACAUAGUUUCAUAGUGUAAAUAUAACUUUUAUAUGCACUGGGAAACAAAAAAAUUGUGUGACUUUUUUGCUAUAUUUGUUUUAUUGCUUUGGUCUGGAACCAAACCCGCAAUAUCUCCGAGGUACAACUGUUUUAUUCGAAACAAUCUCAGAUCUAAAUUUCAAUUUGUAAAAAGUUCUAACGUAGUCUUCAAAAUAGUAUCCUCAAAAGAAAAGACACAGUUCAUAGCAUAACACUGCACAAAUAAUUGAAUCUUCAGUGGUGACAGUAUAAUGCUCACAUCUCCCUCAUUGGUGCUUAACCCAUAGUGACUUUAUAUAUCCUUGUAACAGAUUUAAAAUUGUUUUAAAAGUGUAUACAUUGUAUUGUUGUUUACAUUAUUUUAAUAGAAGAAGAUUAAAUCAGAAUAUGAUCUUGUUUUGCCAUUGGUUUAUUUAAACACGCUAAAAUCUCAGAGCUGGAUUUAAGCUCUGUAGUAUGUGAGUAUUAUACAGUCACCACUAAAGAUUUGAUUAUUUGUGCAGUUACGCUAUGAACUGUGUCUUUUCUUUUGAGGAUACUAUUUUGACGACUACAUUGCAUCUUUUUACAAAUUGAAAUUUAGAUCUGAGAUUGCUUCACCUAAUAUAAGUAUUUGUUAAUUAAGGGAUUAAAGGUGCUUAUUGUUACUAAAUAUUUUGCUGUAUAUGUCUUAAUUUUUCAACAAUAGUUGCCGUAGCAAUUUUUAUUUUUUUUCACAGUUAGAUACUUUACUUUGUUUCAUUAUAUUCAUUAAAGGGACAUAAAACCCCCAAAACUUAUUUCAUAAUUCUGAUAAAAAAUACAAUUUCAAACAACAUUCCAAUUUACAUAUAUUAUUUAAUUUGCUUCAUUCUCUUGGUAUCCUUUGUUGAAGAAGCAGAAAUGCACUACUGGGAGCUAGUUAACACACUUGGUGAGUCAAUAACAUGAAGCAUAUAUGGGCAGCCACCAACAAAGGAUAGCAAGAGAACAAAAUAAAUUAUAUAAUAGAAGUAAAUCAGAAAGUUGUUUAAAAUCACUUGCUCUAUCUAAAUCAUGGAAGAAAAAUUUGGGAUUUCAUGUCUCUUUAAAUGUAAUUAUUUUUUGUACUUAUCUAAUUUUUAGUAGAUAGAGAAACAGAUAAAUGAACAUUUCUACUUUUUUUUGUCUCAUGUUUUAUUUAUGCCUCUGUAAAAAUCAUUAAAAAACGGUUUCUGUAGGUUUUUUCUAGCUUCAGUCUUACCUAUAUGCAGUUCUUAAACAGAUUUGGAUGCUACUUUUGUAAUUAAGCUCACUCUGCAAUAAAUCUUUAUGGGGUUGAACAA